AUGGGAAUUUGCGCUUCUUGUUUGGGUCAGGGUCGUCGUGACCCCAACGAUUACGAAUCCACCCGCCUCCUAGAUGAUGACAUCUACCAAUCCGGUUACGGCUACGGCGCCCUCAACCAUGCGAACCAAAUGAACCACCCGGAUCCAGAGUCCAUCAAGCGCGAACGAGAAGCUCUCGAAGCCAUCUGCCAACGAACCUCCGAAUCCGUUAUCGACAUUUGGUCCCUCCAACCUCAACCUCACCUCCAACCCCGCGCAACCAUUCCUCGCUCGAAUUCAGGAUCCCGAGAAGGCGCCGCCAACGAUGACCCGCCUAUCGUUGUAACCGCUCCCUCCGCUGCGUCGUCGAAUACCGCUUCCGAUAGUGGUACAAGUGCUAUACCGAAACACUGGGGCGAGGUCGUUAUUAAUCCGAAAAAGGAUCGCGGAGCGAAAGCAGGUGGGAAGAAUGGGCGUGAUGUUUUUGGUGUUUUGCAGGUUUCGUGA